ACAAUGUGGACGCCCUCCGCAUACUCCUCAAGGCGGGCGCCCUGAGUGACGGACGCACCAGCUGCCUUGGGGUGACGCCCAUGGCAAACGCCGCUAAGGAGAACAAGCUGGAGAUUCUCAGAACGCUCAUCCAGGCCGAGGUCUCCGUCAACACGCCGAACGUGAAUGGGGCGACGCCGCUACAUGGCGCUGCGCAGUUUGGGAAUGUGGAGGUGGCCACAGAGCUCAUCAAAGCCGGUGCUAAGGUGAACGUUCAAGAAUGUAACGGCUUCACUCCCCUGAUGAUAGCUGUCAACAAGAGUUGUGUCCCCAUGGCGGAGGCGCUGCUGGAUGGGGGAGCUCUCGUCGACCUCACCAACCGGAACUGCCAAUCAGCUCUUAUGAUGUGCGUGCGCAAGAACCAAGCGGAAAUGGCUCGACUUCUGCUCAAGCGCGGGGCCAACGUGGAUUUGCAAGACUACGACGGCCAGACUGUGUUGUGGAAAGUCGUCGUGGGCGGCUCGAUGGAGAUGUUGGACGUGCUGCUUGAGUUCGGAGCGAAUGUGGAUCUGUGCGACUCGGAGGGUGUGACUCCCGUCAUGAGAACCGCUCUGGAGGAGGAAGUGGACAGUCUGAAGCGUGUGAUUCAGGCCGGAGCUGACGUGGACGCCGUCUGUGAAGCCGGGGAGACGGCGCUUCUUAAAGUCAUGGAGAUUUGGAGGCAGGAUAAGGAGUUUCCGUUAGAAAUUAUUCACACGCUUUUGGAAGCCGGCGCCAACCCGAAUAUCGUUCCUGACGACCGACUUUCGCCGCUUCAUAUUGCCGUAGAGAGAAACGACCAGCUUGCGGAGAUGCUUCUAUCAUGCGGCGCGCUCAACAUAAAACGAUAUUAUUCUCUGCGCGGCUUCGCCGUCAAGCUGGUGUGCCCUCUGUACCUAGCCCUGUGGUAUCUUCGGGACAAUAUCGCUGAUCUGAUGCUACGUAUCGGCUGCUACAACCUGAGCUGCAUGUCUUACGUCUGGAACGACAUGGAUCUCAAAGCGAGGUUGGAGGAGAAGAAGCAGAACGCCUGUCUCAGCAUUGUUGAGCGAACAUGGAAGUCGCCGCCGUUGUUAUUCGAAUCUGCGAGGAAAGUCGUCUCCAGAAAAAUAGGCUAUGGCGCCAAACGAAAGGAGAAAGUGGACGGUUUACCUCUGCCAGAGAAACUGAAACAAAACUUGCUUCUUGGAUAAAUAAAGGGGCUUCGAAAACAACAAAAGCAAAAACUAUUGGUUCGUUAGAGCUCGAUUCUGUGAUCCCCAUGGUGUGGAUCAAUUUUUACAGGCCAUUCUAAAUACGGUAGAAAUUCUUCAAGACCCAUUGUCAAAGAGAAAAGCGGUUAUCUUAGACAGGUGGAUAUCUUGGACUUUUUUGUCAGUAUGAUUUACAUACAAGAAAACCACGGGAUGGAAGUGAAUGUGGUCGUUUUUGCAAGUGAUUGUUCUGUACAGGUGGCCGCCAGUGAAGGUUUGGCCGUAUUUCAAUCUAAAUGUCGAUGGUUAUCAACCUGUCUGACCCUUCCCCCCUGUGACGUCGAUGGGGGAAUUAAUUUGCACAUCAUCAAUUAAAUUGUAUGUACAUUGUAAGACAAAGUGACGCCCUGCAGAGCUUACGAAGGACUGUUGCCUGUCAUUUUGAAGGAUAAUAUCAUUAGCCUUCCAUGAUGAUUAUGAUGGAAAUUAUCAAACUUUGAAAUGACAUUUCCUUUGACUUCUAUGAAAUGAUGUCAAGAUGCUAGCCCAGGUAAGGCAAAUGUGGAAAGUAUCUGCCUGUAGCACCCUGAUCCAGGUUGAGAAAGGCAGUGAUGAUGAUGUUUGAUGAUGAUGAUGAUGACAUGUUUUUCAUACAUUCGCUUGGUAUUUCUGUAUUGUUUCUAUAUCAGGAUAAAUAGGUACAUUCCAAACCCCCAAAACGUCGGGACUUUGAAUUUACCAAAGUAAACCAGAUUCCGUUUAACGACUGUCCCAUAACAGUUGGGAUAAUUGUGUCAAUAUGUGUUUGCUAGACAUAGCCUUUUACUUCAGCUAGUUCUAGUCUUUUUGUUAUCAUUGAAGAAUACGGCGGGAAUACUUGUGAUGUCUACGACAUAAUAUUUUUUUUUUUUGGCGGGGGUGGGGGGGGGGGGGGGGGUAUUGAUGCUGAAAUCCCCACUGUGCAACACAAUGACAAUGACAAUGACAAUGACAAUGAUGACAAUGACAAUCUUUAUUCAUCUCGCAGGGAGAAAUUUGUCUUGGUCGUUAACAAUGGCAGUAGACGUUACAAAAGUUAGACUUAAAGGUGCACUCACGCAAACGCACAACAAGACGUUGAUAACUUUAAAAAGGUGAAACCUGUCUAAACUCACAUAAAUAUCACAAACGCGGAAAAGACUUUUUAAAAUUCUACACUUAUGGAAAAAGAGAAAAUAUGAUAUAUCGCCAGUUUUCCCCUGUUGUUUCAUUUAACUUCAUUUUCAUCUUGUCCGCUGGUGUCCUCUUUCGCUUGUCUCGUCAUUCGUUUGAUGUCGGUCUGUCUGACUUAUAAUGAAACGUAGUUCUUAUCUAUUCUGUUUCCUCAAGAUUGCGUCUAAUUUGACACUUAAAACAAAUCUUAUCUAACCUUAUUUCGUCUUUCUAUUACCUUACCGGUACUUUUGUUUUAAGAAAAAAUUGCCUCACUUCUGAUGUCAUUUGGUCUCACCUGAUUGCACCUUUUCGUAUCUAUGAAAUUAUCUUGUCUAUUUUACAUAAAAUUUCGUUGUUGUUGUUGUUUUUCUUUUUAGUAUAGUUACUUUUACGCUCCCAUCGACACAGUUUAUAGGCCUAUUUCUCUUUUUUUAAAUCGUACUCUCUAUUGUCUUAAGUGUGGAUGGUUGUUGGGUGCUCUAGUUUGGUUUGCUCCUUCUUUCCAAUUAAAAACAUAAUUUAUUUCAUGGUCCUUAUUUCUUUUCUUUAUUUUCUUUAUAUCAUGUUACGGUACUCUCUAGUAGGAAAUUAUCUAACUAAUUUGUGUUAUAGGUGGUGUAAAACUUUCUCUAAAACUAGAAACAAACAAACAAACCAAAUAAAAAAACAAACAAACCAUUAACCAACAACAACAAAAACGCGGUCAACUCGCAUAGUAUUAUAAGUUCAUUUUCAGAAGCAAAAAAAAAA